GCUACACUCCAACACACGCACACCUCGCAGCAUCCCUGCCUCUCCUCCUUACUAUCAUCAUCUAUCCCUUCGCUCCCUCACUCCCCUCGCUCCCUCACUCCCACCCCUCGUCGUGUGCACGCACGCCAUGUCCCAACCAAACGGCCGCGUCCUCCUCCAGCAGAGCGGGAGCGCCAACAAGAACCUCGCAGCCAGCGCCGCCACGCCUGCUCACCAUGGCAAGACCGAGUCGGUCAUCACCACCCACGUCCCCGCUGCUGCCCCAAAGACUCGCAGUCAACACCUCGCCGCCGCCGCAGCCUCGACUGCACCUCCUGCAACUCCUGGCGCAAGACUCGAGCGCGCCGGUGCCGGCUCUUCGAAUGAUGCAAGCGCAAACGUAGAGGACAGCAAGGGGAGCUGGCGUAGCUGGACUCGAGGGGAGGGGUUACAGCCCAGCGAGCUCGAGAUUGCUAAUAUGCCCGAAGUCAGGAGAAAGGCCAACGUAUGCCAACUCUACUUCCUCAACCACUACUUCGACUCGCUCCGCUACCUCUCAGACCGCAAGACUCGCCUCGCCCACUUCGAGAUGACCUGCCCUCCCGACCCCGCCUCGACCCACUACAAGCAGGAUGCAGCCUCGUACUUCGGUCGCGAACGCGCCCUGCUCCGUAAAAGGAGAACCAAGCUGCGCGUUGCCCAGUUCCAUAUCAUUACGCAGGUGGGUCAAGGUGGGUACGGAGAGGUGUUCCUCGCGAGGAAGAGGGAGACGGGUCAGAUCUGCGCGCUCAAGAAGUUGAGGAAGAGGGUCCUCGUCAAGAUGGACGAGGUCCGCCACGUCCUCAUCGAGCGUGACAUCCUCACCGCCACGCGCACACCCUGGCUCGUUCGCCUCCUCUACGCCUUCCAGGACACCGAACACGUCUAUCUCGCAAUGGAGUACGUCCCCGGUGGAGAUUUCCGCACUCUCCUCAACAACGCGGGCAUCCUUCACCAGGAAUUCGCACAAUUCUACAUGGCAGAAAUGCUCGUUGCGGUCAAUGAGGUGCACAAGCUCGGGUACAUCCAUCGCGACUUGAAGCCGGAGAACUUCCUCAUCGACAUCGAUGGGCAUAUCAAGCUGACCGACUUUGGACUCGCAGCUGGAGCCCUCAAUCCUACGCGCAUCGAUUCGCUGCGACAUCGUUUGGAGCAGGUCAAGGAUACGGACUUUGUGUACCGCACGCCGGCGGAGAGGGGCAGCUUGUACAAGGCCAUGCGUGCGGGCAAUGUGCAUUACGCAGACUCCAUCGUUGGCUCCCCAGACUAUAUGGCUCCGGAGGUGUUGCGCGGCAAGACGUACGGGUAUUCGGUCGACUAUUGGAGUCUUGGAUGCAUGCUGUACGAGCAGCUCGCGGGCUUCCCGCCAUUCUCCGGGGGCAAGCCGGAGGAGACGUGGGCGAACCUCAAGAACUGGCAGAAGGUGCUACAACGGCCUGUGUACACGCGCAAGGAGGAUCUUCAAUUCAACUUGAGCGACGAUGCGUGGGAUUGCAUCAAGAGACUCAUCGACACCCCCGAUCGUCGCUACUCCUCGCUCUCCUCGUGCCAAGCGCACCCCUUCUUCUCCUCCCUCGACUUCACCUCUCUCCGCACCCUCAAAACCCCCUUUGUCCCCUCUCUGAAAAACGAGACGGACACUUCCCACUUCGACGACUUUGACGACCCGGCGGAUAUGGCCAAGUACAAGGAGGUGCAGGAGAAGCAGCGCAACGUUGAGGGGAUCCGGGAGAGGAAGAGCGGGAAAGAGGCGUGUGGCGGGUUGGGGGUUUGGGCGGGUUUCACUUUUGGCAAGAAUGGAGUUGGAGCGAAUGGUCGUUCCAUGCCGGCGUCGCAGAGCCAGGACCUGUGCGACGCUUUCCAGACGAUGUUCUAGCAUUGUGGUGCUACCGCCG